GUUUGUAAAUUGCGAACCUUCGAUUCAUGACUUGAACGAUUUGAUACAAUGUUAACGCAGCAAACCAUGUACUUUACAGGCGGAAUGCUGUCCAAUUGAAGUGAACAGGUUGCCUUCAAUUAAUGAACGGGGCGUCUCUGAUAUGUAUCAAUCGCUGCAAGGGUCAAGCGAAUUAGCAUCACCUACCCGAAUAUCCCGUGAGUUGCCGGGAAGCCACAAUAGGUCAAGUACUCCACAACAGGUCCAACGCAGCCUGGAAUCGAUAGUGCGAAAUCAAAAGCCUAACUCAGCGAUGCGGACAUCUCUUUCAACAAGACAUGCCAAGAUCAGUCCAUACAGACGCGAUCUUAUCAACAAACCUAUGCGGAGUAUAACAGCAGAGCCAAUUCAGAAGGCAUCGCCAGAAAAAGUUGUAGGGUUAAAGUCAUAUACUGAAGGUACAUUUGCUCAUGAAGUGAGCGACAUCGCGAAGACUAAUGAUAAGAAUAUGAUUAGCGAUACUGAAAAUUGGGACAACAAUGGAAACAAUCAUACAGACAGCGACAUACAAGCCGACAACGAGACUUCGCCUAUCCAUGACAGUGGUUUGAAUAGGAUGAAUAGCUUCAAGACAACUAAUAACAGUGCCCGUAAACGUUCAAAUAAACAUAUUAAUUCAAUGAUGGGAGGGCGUACUCAUCUCACAGCGCAGUACCUGGCAUCAAUACCGCCAAAGCAGUUUCUUUCGCAUAUGUCUCAAACUUCGUUGGAUGGAUCACGUAUUCCCCGGCCUCGGCGUCAUACUGAGGCUAGUUCCAAACUUCCGAUUCUCAUGGUGAAUGGUUCCUCGUUAAUAUCCCCCACUUCAUCCCCAGCUUCAAAGUCCGGUAAAGCAAAGGAUGUGGAGGAUGGUGCUUGUGGAGAAACAAAUAAGAGCUGUCGUAUAGUAGUAGAGCGAUCGAUACCUCCUCCAUCAACUCCAUCCUUGAAGGCCUCAAAAUUACCAAGGCCACAAUCACUCGAGAAGCGCUGCCGCAAAGCUCAACCGGCCACAUCUUUUCCCUUCAGAAUCAAGCGACACUGCGCGCCUUCCGAAACAACUGAAAAAGAUCUAGUAUCAGGAAGUAUUGACGCGACAGGGCCUAUAGUUGAUUCUGACGCCCAAAGCGAGGUUGAGGGUCACGCAGACCAAAAAAUGUUGUUGCAAGAACAGGGAUUAGAAGCCGUAAUCCAGCAAGAAGGGCCAGAAGCAACGACCAAAAGACAAGUCAAGAUGAUCAUGUACAGACUCCCGAAGAAUAACCGGUAGGUCUAUUGCCAUUCACGGAUAUAGAGGCGUAGUUCUCAGGUAUAGAGUGAAAAUAAGCCAACCACGUAACCCUGCACCUACUUUAAUAGAAAGCUAUAUCGUGGUGAUCCUGGAACCUACUCGUUGACGACACCUAGACGUCCAGUCACUGUGCUUGCCACACCAUCACGUUCCAGACGCUUUGGCGACUCUAGACGACGG